CUACCAAUCAGAGGAGAGCAUGAGGCGAGGGGCGCCAAAUCAAGUUCUGAGAAUAAUAUAAUAUCAAAAUGUUAAAUGAUUCAGUGAAUUUAUUUAUUGAAACUAAUACCGACUGUAAUGCUACAGGAUCAGCAACAUGGGAUUGUGCUGGACAUCAUGUCACAUUUUCAAUGUAUGGUCCAGAAGAAGCUAAAAUUACCGAUGAAUUGACACAUCGUGCUACUGUUGAUGUUACAGUAACGCCUAGAGCUGGUCUACGCACUUCAAAAGAAGCUGAACUUGAAGUCUACCUCAACAGUCUUAUUGAACGUUUGAUUGAUGUGAAAGAUUUUCCACGGUGUAAAUUCAUAGGACGUUUGUAUAUUGUCUCUGGUCAAACAAAUGAUUGUAGAACAGUAGCAGCCGCCAUAAAUGCUAUUUCGCUUUCUCUCCUUGUAUCACAUAUACCGUUAAGAGCAACGAUAGCAGCAAUAUGUCAUACAAUUCAGAAUACAAUGAUCACAUUUGCAAUCGAUGUUACUCAUCCAAAAUUAUUUAUGAAAAAACAAAAAACUGCCUAUUCAAAUGAACCGAGUAUCUUUUCAAUAUAUACUGGUCAACAAUGUCAGAUUGUUGGUAUUGGUGGAGUAGAUAAGACGAGUGACAAUUGCGAUGAACAUCCUCCCCCAGUUGGUAUACCCGUUGAAAAGCUACUUCAAGUUAUACAAAUGCCAACAUCACUGCAUAAUAAUAAUAAUAAUAAUUCUGAUGAAUCGUCAAAGAAGACAUCAUAUGGUGGUGAUUGUGGCGGUGGUGAUCCUGGUGAUGGAAAUAAUAUUUAUAAACAAACAUUGAAUGUACUUGAUGCAAUGGUUUCACAGAUCAUCUCUAGUUCACAUAUAUAUUAAAAAUUUCUAAUAUAUGUACAUAUAAAUAUAUAUAUUUUUUGUUAUUG